AUGGCAUCACCGUCGGUGCCAUUGCUGCUCCGCGUGGACUUCCAGCAACAACUUGGGCUACCAGAAGCACUCCAAAGUCCAUUGCGACUGCAAUUGGCUUCCCGUCCAGCUUCGCUCGAUGAGCUGCAGGACGUACUUGAGCAGCAGUUGACCGAACGCUUCACAGCGAGCGUAGCAAAUGGACAGAUGGCAGCAGCUUUGGCCAUGACGAUUGAGGUUUACGAGCAGGAAAAGCAGCAGUACGCGCCGCUGAAGGACUUGUCGCAGCUCGGACGCUACUCAAGACUAAGUGUCACGUUGACAAACAUGGACGAGCUCUUCCCCGAACGCACUUGUCUCGCAUUACCAUCGCGAAUGUUUGGGCUCGACACUGCGGGAGACGACACGUUUACAAUUGAUGGACAUGUGGUAUCAAUUAAAGAGGUGGGGAACUCGGGCAAAGGCACGGGACUGACGUUGUGGGACGGAUCGGUGGUACUCGCCAAGUACUUGGAACACCAGCGUCGCGAGGACGUAGCUGGCAGCCGAGUGGUCGAGCUGGGUGCUGGCACAGGACUGGUGGGGAUUGCGGCGGCGCUGCUUGGAGCUCGACAAGUGAUUCUAUCGGAUCUAAACUACGCGGUCGAGAAUCUUGCCGAGAAUGUCGCCGACACGAUGAAGCUGGCGGCUAGCGCUGGGCGACCAGUGGAGAGCGACGUCUCGACUCGCGUGCUCGACUGGUUCGAUCCGCCGACGGAUGUAGGAGACAUUGACUUGUUGCUGGCGUCUGACGUCGUGUGGAUCGAGGAGCUCAUUGCGCCGCUAGUGGCGACCUUUGACACGUUGCUGCGGCAUUCGUCCGUGAAGACAGAGAUCCUCAUGUCGUACCAGAAACGCAGCGUACUGUCGGAUCGGCUGCUGUUCAGUGAACUAGCGCGCUAUGACCUCAUUAGCACGCGUGUACCUGUAUCAAGUUUGCAUCCCACGUACGCCAGUGACCGAAUCGACGUGUGGACAAUCGUGCGGGGCCGUGAUGGUGGCAGCCUGAAGUAA